CUGAUCCUAUUGGUGGUCUUUAUCGGCGUCGCUUUCGCGGCCGCGUACCUGGUUUUUUAUCGGGGUGGCUACGCGGGGCCGCCACCGGUGGAACUGGAUUACCUGGCUCCGGGCGCAGCGACCGCGAGCAGCGGGACGGAGUGGACACCGUCCGUAGCGGAACGACCCGGCGGCUUGUUGCUGGUGGACACGCUGCACAGCAACGGUUUCUCGUCGCGGGAGAUCCUGACGCUGCGUACCCGGGUGGUCGCCCAGGGUUACGACCUGGAAUUGCUCGGCAACUUCUCGCGGGCGACGGAACCGGACCGCCGGGCACAAUUCGCCGAAAGGUUGCGCGAGGCGGACAGCCUGGUGGUCAUCACGCCGUUGAUUGCGUACUCCGCCGGCGAGGUUGACCUGAUAGAAGAGUUUGUGCGCAAGGGUGGGAAGCUGGUGCUGGUUUCCGACCCCGGCCGACGGGACCAGAUGAACACGCUGGCCCAGCGGUUCGGCGUGCAAUUCCGGCCGGACUACCUGUACAACCAGGUCGAGAAUAACCGCAAUUUCCAAAACAUAUUCGUCAGGGAUUUCCAGCCUGACGAACUGACCGCCGGGCUGGACACUGUCGUCCUGUAUACCGCCGGGUCGAUAACCACUUCCGGACCCGGGCUCGCGGUGGCGGAUGACCGCACCGAGUCAUCGUUGGCCGAAAAUAACGGGGACCUUUACGUGAUGGCGCGGGCGGCCGACCGCAACGUGCUGGCGAUUUCCGAUUUCACCUUGAUGAUACCGCCGCAUGAUUCCACGCUCGACAAUGGCCAGUUGCUGUCGAACAUAAUCGACUUUGCAACCACCAGCGACCGCGUUUUCGAUCUGGCCGACUUCCCGCACUUUUACCCGGCCGGACCCGAUCCCGGCGUCCAGAUCCUCCUCGGCCGGCCCGAGUUGCUGGGCAGCGGUGCGGAGCUGAAAUCGGGGUUGGAAGAUUACGGCAUUGCCGCGGACAUCCGGGGAACCGAAGACGUGAGCCGGGACACGGUAUUCCUGGGGCUGCAUGAAGACGCCUUGCAGGUGCGGCAAUACCUCCAGGCUGCGGGCGUCCGUGUCGACGAUACGCUGGGGAUGCCAUUCGGCCUGGAGCUGGACCCAACCGGCACGGCGGUUACCGUUCUGGACCGCGAGGGGGAUCGGCACGUGUUGAUACUGCUGGCCGAUACGCCGGCCGUUCUGGACAAAGCGGUCGCGCGUCUUUUGGACGGCGGGUUCAGGUCAGACCUGGUCAGCGAAGUAACUGGAGUAAGCAUUUCAGCGGGAGCGAGUAAGUAG